AUGUGUACUUACGGUCAUACCUACAGGGAAGCAUUCGUGCAGAACCACAUGCUCAAGACCACAUACAACGACAACGGCGAUGAAGGGCGUAGUUUAGAUGUAGGACUGCAAGAGAAGGUGGAGGUUAAUGUUUCACUGCCACUUCUGAAGGUGCUCAACACCAUGUGGGAGG